AUGGAGAAGUUUUUGAGAAGGGAAAAUGCAAAUGCCGAACAGGGCCCUGGACAAAAUUCUGACCCAGAUGAAGGCCCAAGUAUGAGUGGUCAACAAAAGAAAAAAGACAAGACGGUGAGCUCGAGGCAAUACAGCGAAAGCUAUCUUUCAUUUGGAUUUACGUUCACCGGGGAUGCAACGGCACCGAGUCUGCUGUGCUUGGUGUGUGGUGAGAAGCUAUCCAAUAGCGCCAUGGUGCCAAGCAAGCUUAAACGCCAUCUCCAAACGAAACACCCUUCCGUUCAAAACAAGUCGAUGGACUAUUUUGUACGCUUACGUACAAACAAUGAGAAACAGGCAACUGUUUUGAGAAAAACCACAAAGGUAAACGAGAGAGCCCUCAAAGCUAGCUACCUUGUUGCUGAACUCGUAGCUAAAACAAAAAAGUCCCACAGCGUGGCAGAAACAUUAAUACUGCCAGCUUGUAAAGCCAUUGUGAAUGAGAUGCUCGGCCCUGACGCGGCCAAAGAGAUCGCCAAAGUGCCUCUCUCAGAUAACACAAUUGCCAGACGUAUUGAUGACAUGUCUGCGGACAUAGAAACUGUUGUUUUGGAAAAGAUGCGCAUCAGUAAGAAAUUUGCCUUGCAACUUGAUGAGUCGACGGAUAUUAGUGGACAUUGUCAGCUCUUGGCCAACGUGCGUUUUGUGGAUGGAGAAGCCAUUAGAGAAAACUUCCUAUUUUGCAAGGCACUGCCAGAAAAAUCAACAGGAGAGGAAAUAUUUCGGGUCACGUCGGAAUAUCUUGACAAAAGCGGGCUUACGUGGGAAAACUGCACAGGUGUCUGCACUGAUGGAGCCGCAGCCAUGGUCGGGCGCAUCAAAGGCUUCGUAAGUAGGGUCAAAGAAAGAAACCCAGCUGUUACUGUUACGCACUGUUUUUUGCACCGUGAGGCCCGCGUUGCAAAGACCUUACGAGCAGAUCUAGCUCCUGUGUUGGAUGAUGUUGUGCACUUAGUGAACUUUGUGAAGACGCGACCUUUGAAAUCUCGCUUAUUUGCGUCUCUGUGUGAGGAAAUGGGAGCGGAACAUAAAGUGUUAUUGCUCCACACGGAGGUCAGGUGGCUGUCGCGCGGCAAAGUGCUGGCCCGUGUGUAUGAGCUCCGAGAGGAACUUGCAGUGUUUCUGACAGACGAGAGGCCCGAUUUCUCAAAGCUGCUUGCAAGUGAUCAGUGGUGUGCAAAGCUGGCAUACCUGGCUGAUAUAUUUCAUCAUCUGAAUGAACUGAACACACGGAUGCAAGGCCGAAAUGAAAACCUGCUUACAAGCACUGACAAAAUGAACGGAUUCCGUUUAAAGGUGCAGCUCUGGCAACAACAUGUGCAGCGUGGCAACCUUGAGAUGUUCCCACUCACCGAGAAACUGCAGGAUGGCAACACUGCUGCAAUGUGCGAGGUGAUUGGCAAACAUUUGAAAACUCUGGAGGAGAAGUUGUCAUUUUAUUUCUCUGCAGCCUUCACAGAAUGCCUUGACUGGGUUAGGGACCCAUACAGCUCAGCAUCCGUUGCUGGAAAGGACAUGACUUUAAAGGAGCAAGAGGAACUCAUUGAACUGAAACAAGAUCGUGGUUUAAAGCUAAACUUUGCUGAUCUUCCUUUGGACAGUUUUUGGUUAGCUGUUGCCAAGGAGUUCCCCAUUCUGGCCAACAAAGCUAUUUUGACAUUGCUCCCGUUUUCAACCACAUAUCUGUGUGAGCUGAGCUUCUCAAGCCUGACAGCGAUAAAAACUAAAAACAGAGAGAGACUGAGAGCUGUUGAGGAAGAGCUUCGUGUGUGUCUUUCUACCAUUCCUGCCAGGAUAUCCUUGUUGUGUUCAUCGAAACAGGCCCAGGUUUCACACUAA